CGGACUCCACCAGCCAGACACUGUUUCCUGGGGGAUUGGUAUUGGGAGGUACACGGAGCUGAGGGGUUAGCAGAGAGGCUGCCCUUGGCUCGGGGUGAUGAGCCGCCCGCUGCGGCAUGUGGUGUGUGCCCUGUCCGGAGGUGUGGAUAGCGCUGUAGCGGCGCUGCUGCUGAGACGGAAAGGCUACCACGUGACCGGUGUCUUUAUGAAGAACUGGGAUUUGUUCGAUGAACAUGGUGCUUGCGCUGGGAAUCAGGACUGUGAAGAUGCCUUCAGAGUCUGUAAGAUGCUCAACAUCCCUUUUCAUCAGAUUUCUUAUGUGAAAGAGUAUUGGCAUGAGGUCUUUAGCAACUUAGUGAAGGAGUAUGAAAUGGGAAGGACUCCAAACCCUGAUAUCAUGUGCAAUAAAAAUAUUAAAUUUAAGUAUUUAUUGCAGUUUGCUUUGGAAUUCCUGGGGGCAGAUGCAAUGGCAACUGGUCAUUAUGCUAGAACAUCACAGCGUGAUGAAGACGUUUUCCAACAAAAAUAUAUCAGAACUGAAGAUCAUUUUCAUGACCACAAUAAGGAUGCUGUGAAACUCUUACAGGCAGCUGACCCAAAGAAAGACCAAACAUUCUUUCUGAGUCAGAUAUCACAACACGCUUUGCGACAUACCAUCUUUCCCCUUGGUGAGUUGAGAAAAAAUGUUGUAAAGGAAAUGGCAGCUGAGGCAGGAUUUCACCAUAUAUUAAAGAGAAAAGAAAGUAUGGGAAUCUGUUUUAUAGGUGAAAGAAAUUUUGAAAACUUUAUUCUUGAGUAUCUAGAACCUCGCCCUGGAAACUUUGUUUCUAUAGAAGAUGGAAAAAUUAUGGGAACACACAAAGGUUGGUUUCUAUUCACUUUGGGACAACGAGCCAGGAUAGGUGGUCAAAGAGAUGCCUGGUUUGUCGUAGACAAAGAUAUAAAUACAGGGGAUGUAUUUGUGGCACCAGGAACUAAUCACCCAGCUCUGUACAGGAAUUCACUGCAAACUGAUCAAGUCCACUGGAUUGCUCAGGACCCACCAUUAGAAUUGCUCAGGAACACAGUGAUGCAGUGUCACUUUCGCUUCCAGCACCAGAUGCCACUUGUGCAAUGCCAGUUAACUCUAAAUCCAGAUUUAACAGUUUGGGUGACUCUUGCUAAACCAGUCAGAGCACCAACUCCAGGACAAUUUGCUGUGCUGUAUUAUGAUCAAGAAUGCCUCGGCAGUGGUAAGAUUAUGGAGCUUGGCCCAUCCAUGUACACACUUCAAGAAAGAAGAGGGGACAGAAUUGGUGAAACCCAGAAGACUGAUAGAACUGGUUAAAGACCUCGCCACACAACCUUCAAUUUAACAUGAAAAGGUGCUAUGAGUACAACCAGAACUGAUUGCAUUUAUGAACAUGCUAGAAUUCAAAUGCACUACAAUUCACCAUAAUAAAGUUACAUGGCUAAGGCCUGUAACCAUCAAUGUGCUGCAAGGAUUGGUGCUGGGUCCACUACUUUGUCAUUUUAUAGAAACGAAUUGGAUGUGAAUAUAGGAGAAAUGGUUAGGAAGUUUUUGGGUAACACCAAAAUUGGAGGCGUAGCAUACAGUGAAGAAGGUUAUCUCCAGUAUACAACAGGACCUUGAUUUGAUGG